CAAUUAGCUUCCCGAUUCGGUCGCUCCGACCCCGGAGGCCCAGACAGAUGGGGAGGCGGCACAGCGGCGGCGGCGGCGGCGGCCGCGGAGGCGGAAGAGGGCGUGGGCGAGGGCGAGAUGAGGAAGGCGAUCUCCAUCUGCACAAGGCUGCGAGGGAUGGUGAUGCGGCCGCGGCGGAGUCGCUGUGCGAGUCCAACCCUCUCGCCGUCAACUCAAGGGACCGCCUCUCCCGCACCCCACUCCACUUGGCUGCAUGGGCUGGGCAUGUUGAGGUUGUGAAAUGCCUUUGCAAGCACAAAGCUGAUGUAGGGGCUGCAGCAAUGGAUGACACCGCUGCAAUUCAUUUUGCCUCCCAGAAAGGCCAUAUAGAAGUGGUUCGUGAGCUGCUGGUGGCUGGGGCCACUGUGAAAGCGAAGAACAGGAAAGGCUUCACGGCGCUGCAUUUCGCUGCGCAGAACUCCCACCUGGAUCUUGUGAAGUACCUUGUGAAGAAAGGUGUCGACGUCACAGCAAAGACGAAAGGCGGCCAGACAGCCCUACAUGUCGCGGAGAAUGACGAUGUGCGUGCGUUCCUGAAAGAGUGCGAGCAGUCCUUGAAGAAGGGAUCUGAGCUACCAUUGGAGAAAAAGGGAGCUGAGCCUGAGCUACCAUCAGAGAAUAAGGAUGAUUCUGCCCAGGACGGCGGUGGCAGCAAGUCUUCAGGUGAGGGUAUGCAAGAUGGGGAUGAUGCAGGGCAGGGUGAGAAGAGGAAAUGCGAGGGGGUUGCUGCCUCGAGUUCACCACAAGUGAAAAAGGCCAAGGUUUCCCUUGGUCAUCUUGUUAGUGAAAAUGACAUGGAUGAGGAGGAAGAGGAGUGAUAUUCACUAGACAGCCUUUACCUCGAGGAUGCAAGAAGUUCUUCAGACCCAUGGUGCCACCUUGUAUGUUUUGUUAUCCUUAUCAUUAGUCUGUACGGCAAUCUGGGGGUGUAAAGACAAUUGCAAGUUUUAGUUGGGUCUCAUGUAUUGCAUGAAUGGAAGUUCUAAUUGCAAUCAAGUCAGCCCUGCUAUUGGUA